CAGCACACUACACACAGUCACAGUCAGAACGGGAGAGAGAUCCGUGUGCGCGCUGGUGGGUGAAACUGUUCGAGCAGAUUCGCGGUCUCGAAGCUGCUGCACGCUCACAUUCUGGACAGGGGCUGCGCGAGAGCGUGUGUGUGUGUGUGUGUGUGUGUGAUGGCUGUGUGUGUAGCAGAUAAUGUAGCCAGCUAAUGGCUGCCAGGGAAAGUGAGGGAGGUGGCACAUGAAUCCUUAAAAGACAAUAUACGAAAGUGAGGAAGAGGAUGGUGAGCAGCCAGCCGAAGUACGAGCUGAUCCAGGAGGUGGGCCGCGGCAGCUACGGUGUGGUGUAUGAGGCGGCGGUAAAACGCACCGGCGCCCGCGUGGCCGUCAAGAAGAUCCGCUGCCACUCCCCGGAGAACGUGGAGCUGGCCCUCCGUGAGUUCUGGGCCCUGAGCAGCAUCCAGAGCCAGCACCCCAAUGUCAUCCACCUGGAGGAGUGUGUGCUGCAGAGGGACGAGCUAGCCCAAAGGAUGAGCCAUGGCUCCAGCUCUCCACUCUACCUGGAGUUGGUGGAGACAUCUCUGAAAGGCGAGAUCACCUUUGACCCCUGCUGUGCCUACUACCUGUGGUUCGUCAUGGACUUCUGUGAUGGUGGAGACAUGAACGCCUACCUGCUGUCCCGCAAGCCCAGCAGGAAGACCAACACCAGCUUCAUGCUCCAGCUGGGGAGCGCCCUGGCCUUCCUGCACCGCAACCAGAUCAUCCACCGCGACCUCAAGCCCGACAACAUCCUCAUCUCCCAGGGCUGCACGGCGGCCGGCUCCCCUGAGCCCACCCUCAAAGUAGCAGACUUUGGCUUGAGCAAGGUGUGCUCUACCUCGGGCCUCAACCCCGAGGAGCCGGCCAGCGUCAACAAAUGCUUCCUGUCGACGGCCUGUGGCACGGACUUCUACAUGGCGCCGGAAGUGUGGGAGGGCCACUACACGGCCAAAGCAGACAUCUUCGCCCUGGGCGUCAUCAUCUGGGCCAUGGUGGAGCGCAUCACCUUCGUGGACGUGGAGACCCAGAAGGAGCUGCUGGGCAGCUAUGUGCAGCAGGGGGAGGAGAUCGUCCCCCUGGGAGAGGCGCUGCUGGAGAACCCCAAGAUGGAGCUGCUCAUCCCAGCCAGGAAGAAGAGCAUGAACGCCGGCAUGAAGCAGCUCAUCAGAGAGAUGCUUUCGGCCAACCCGCAGGAGCGGCCCGACGCCUUCGAACUGGAGCUCAGGCUGGUCCGGAUCGCCUGCAGGGAGCUGGACUGGGACACGUGAUGGCCCUAACCCAAGGCAACGCGUGAUGGCCCUAACCCAAGGCAACGCGAUAUGGUCGUGUAACGGUCAAGCACAUACUUAAAAGCCACUAUGGGCUCAAGUGGCCACUCAAUGGGAACUUUUUGGAAAGGGAACAAAUGUAUAAUGUGGUCGUUCUUUGCAAUGUGACUUUUACCCCUUGGAGGUGGUUGGUGUGUUGGUUUGCAUUCAGUAAUAGCAAAGCUGUUCAUGAGCACAUACGCUAGCUGUCUCUGCAGGUAUGACUUUCUCAGACUUCCAUCUUGGCUCCCCCCUCCAGCUUUUGGUCUCCAAAACCUCAGGUUCCAUUUGGUUAAACAACAACAAAAAAUUAUGCCGGAGCACUUUUUUGUAGUCGUCAUCUGGCCCCUCUUUUCUCUGUGUAUGGUUGUUUGUCUGCAUAUUCCACCUCAAACUCGGUGCUAAACUCAAGAUGCAAUAUGUGAGACAAGGAGACGACUUUCUGUAAUGUCAUCCCGUAUUUAGGCUCCCAAGGCCAAUAAUACACAAGCCACCUCUAUGAUCGUAAACUGUGUAGGAUUACCAGGUGUUUUGUUGUCCAGUAUCCUGUUUCAAGGCUGUGUCUCCUCCUAUCAUUACACAGACACUGGUAAACCUUCCUUUUGGUUUCUUAUAUAGAGAACUACAAGACAAAUUGAAUUGGUGAGUGCAGAACACUGUGUCUGAUCAAAACUACAUUGAAUGUCGGAAUUGUCCUGUUUGUGUUAAAAAAAGCUGAUUCUA